UAGCGAGAGCCAUCGACCGAGAGAUUCAUUCGUGACAGGACUCAGGUACAGAAGGUUAUACGAGUUUUAUCGCUGCCAUUCACAUUUAAAAUAAUCAUGCCUAUCCCUUCUGAGACCAAACAACUGAGCGAGUCAUGGCAGACGAGGGAAGAACGAGAGACAGAGACCGAAAAGUUGAUAAGGAAAAGUAAAGCACAGCCAUUCAUACCAAUUGGUAUCCUUGGGACAACUGCAGCUAUUGUGUGGGGUGUCAUAGCGUACAGACAUAGAGGACCUAUGAGCACAAGCCGUUACAUCAUGAGGCUGAGAGUUAUCGCCCAAAGCUGUGUGGUUGGAUCUAUAAUGGUUGGCAUGGGCAUCACUGCCUAUCAAGGCAAUUUAUAUGCCAAUGAUGACCAAAAGAAGUAAUAAUGACCUAAGAUCUCCCUGUAGAAAAAUUAUCAGAACAAGAGGUGCAUACAGUGAUGUGGAUUUUCAUGGGAUUGAAAAAGACUAUUUUGUCCAGCACAGAAAACUUGGACAUGAAAAUAUGUACUGUUGAGUUUGCAAUUCAUUUCCGUGUAAACUCUUGUUAAAAAGGUUUAAUCUAUUAUGUGCCUUGGCAAAGCAAAUUUUCAAUAAUAAGUUUUCAGUCAGUGAUUUGGCCUGCA